UUUCUUCUUCUUCCAGCAGCUGUCGACUCCUCCUUUGCCCCCAUUGGCUCAUGGCCACAGCCGGGGAAGGUGUGGUCUGGACGCGCGACGCUGCAUCCUUUGUCAAGCCGAGUAGUUUACCAUCGAGCUGCAGACACCUCGUCCUCGUGUGGCCGUUACACGUGUCACUAAUCCGUUAUAAAAGUGUGGAAUGCGUCUCCGGAUUGUUUUGCCACCUGUAGCAGGAUGUAAGAUCAACACCUGUCCAGACCACUCGAGAGGAAUGAAACGAAGCCUGCGACGUGGAUCGAAGUUCAGGGGGUCGUCGAGCACUUAUUGAGCAGCUUCAGGAGCGACACUCGCCUCGAGGAGCUGGAGAUGCGCGCGCUCCCGCCGACCGCAGCCGUUGGCACCGCGCGCUCCUCGCCGAGGGGGACGCGCACAGCAUGAGCCGCCAUGGCGUGGUGUGACCGAGGGGCGCAGACCCUGCUGGCCGCCGCGGGCGCCUUCGCCGCGUUCAGCCUCAUGACCGUCGCCAUCGGCACCGACUACUGGCUUUACUCCCGCGCGUACAUCUGCAACGCCACGAACGCCUCCGCGGAUGAGAACCAGAUGCAAACCAGGAAGGUCCGAGGCGACCUGACGCACUCCGGACUGUGGCGAGUCUGCUGCGUCGAAGGUAUCAAUAAAGGAAGCUGUUUUCGGAUCAAUCAUUUCCCAGAGGAUAACGACUACGACACGGACAGCUCUGAGUACAUCUUACGUAUCGUGCGUGCAUCGAGCCUGUUCCCCAUCCUCAGCACCGUCCUGCUGAUGUUGGGCGGCCUGUGUGUCAGCGUGGGACGCAUCUACAACGGCAGGAACAACAUCCUGCUCAGUGCUGGCAUCUUGUUUGUGGCUGCAGGCCUGAGCAACAUCAUCGGCAUCAUUGUCUACAUCUCCAGCAACGCCGGCGAUCCCAGUGACAAGAAAGACGAGGACAAGAAGAGCCAGUACAACUACGGCUGGUCCUUCUACUUCGGCGCCCUCUCCUUCAUCGUGGCGGAGUCGGUGGGCGUUCUCGCCAUCAACAUAUACAUCGAGAAAAACAAGGAGACGCGCUUCAGAGCCAGCCGUGACUUCGUCAAAACCAUACCCUCCUCUUCGCCUUACUCCCGCUUCCCCAGUUACCGCCACAGACGGAGGCGCUCGCGCUCCAGUUCCAGGUCUACUGACCCGUCUCGCGAGCCCUCCCCAGUGGGGAUGAAGAUCGGUGGAGGGAGUGGUGGUGGUGGAGGAGGAGCAGGGGCGUUGGGAAGGGGGUUGCCGAUGGGGGAUAUAUCCCUGUACGCCCUCUGUCGGGACCCCCUGAAGGGGGCAAGCGGGACUGCAGGGCCCUACAGUCCGGAGAGGGACUCUGGGUUUUUACAAGUCCACAACUGCUUCCAGAAGGAUCUGAAAGACGGAGUGAACAGGAGGACCACGCCAGUAUGAGAAAGGACAAUUCCUCCCCCGGGGCUGUUCAAGGCAGCAGCGAUGUUAGAAAAGGUCAGAGCUCAAAAUUGUUGUCCUUGCGUCCCUCUGCGACAGAAAAGUGCCACUCUGUGUUUCAUUUGGAGGAAGAGGAAAACUGAUAUCAGCAUAACAUUUUCAUGACCUGACUCAAUAUCUUUGUUUAGCAAUAUUGCAAGACUUUUAAAAUGUGACACCUACUCUUUGUGACGUCUGCUCUUACAGAGAGGCUGAAAUGAUCGUACUGGAAUGCUCUAAAGGACAGUCACUCAAGACUGGAUACGAGGAUUAACCUUUUAUAGACUCAAUGAUCAAUAUAAUAAAGGUUCUGACCAUUGAACUUCAGGUAAUUAUGUUUUUUUCCUCUGAAGUAGCCGUGCGGUGUUUUGAAAGUGCGCUCACUUCCUUUAUUCUGAGACAAAAAAAAAAGAAGACCCCCCCAAUAUUGUCUGCUACAAUGAAGUGGUUGAUGCUAUUGUUUGUAAUUCAAAGUAUUAUCGUACCGUGUUUGUUUGUAACCUAACAAAAAUGGUGCUAACUGAGUCUGUACACCUUUGAUCGUCUUAAGCCCUGCCAUUUAAAUACUCUGACAGUAUCCCAGCGACGUCUCUCAAGCCCGAACGUGAGUCGUGUGAUAAAUGUGUGUUACAGUACGUGAAAGUGUGUGUUACGGCUCUGAAACACUGCCACGCUAUGAAACACGCCUGCUGUGAUGAAUAUGGAUAUCUGUAGAUGUACACCAACAAAAAUGACAAGACUCACAGAAGUGUCACUCGUACAUUCCACUAUGCUGUCUGAUGUAUCAGUAUAAAUUGUAUUUGUACAGGCUGUGUGUGUAGUGCGCUCCCCGGUCGCUCAGGGACGAUGAAGUCAGACAGACUGUUGCAGUCGGUGUGUGUCGAAUCGGAAGUGAGAUCACACUGUGGGUGUUGCUGUUAAUUAACACGACUCAUCUACUGCCUUCGAGUCCAGAGGGUUUUUUCGUCUGGUAUAUUUCUUUUUAUCAUCGCCGCAGGAAAAUGCUCUUACAUUUGAGGCGGAACUCAUAUUUAAGGCAUUUCUGUGCUCCUGCUGCUCCGUAUCAAAGACCAAGUGUUUGGAAAUGUAAUAUUUUAAAAGAACAGUCGACAAAAAAAAAACACAUUUGUGUCAUGAAGUAGUUAUGUUACUUUGUUUUGCUGAGUCUGACACCUCUUCCGUUGCAUGAGAGAUAUUGAGAAGUGUCUCUAUAAUGGCAGGAGUAUAUUUAGAAGUAGUAUAAUUGACCCUCUUUCUGGUUAAUGCAAAACCCCCCAAAAAAUAACCUAAUUGCAGCCAACUUCACUCUGCUUGUGGUUUGAUUUGACAUAAUAAAGUCAGCGGAAAAUCGGUCGAACGAGGCAACUCACACACAGAGAGUCUCGUUAAUGACGCAGGGUCGAUGGGCUCUGCCACGGAACUGCACGGCAGACGAGUCGGGCAACCACAGGGUGUUGGAGGAAAUCUGCAUCAGCGAGCUUAAUGCCUGACUGAGCUAACAGGCUCUCCAAUGUUCACCCGGACUCGGGAUAGCCUGUCUCCGCGUCUCCAAACAAGAGCGGGAGCAACGUCCAUGUUGUGUACGUGUGUGAGGGUUGGUGAAGGUUCAAAUUAGUCAUUGUUCAUAUAGCACGCGCUCGACCGCCUUCCAUCAGCUCCGUGGCCCGUUUUCAGGUUGAACACUUUUAGCAGCAGCACUUAAGAUUGAGUCUAUAUGGUUUGAUUUGGUCGUUGGUUUGCGAUCCGGUAUCUUGGCGGCUGCCGUGCACAUUAAAACACACGGUGCCGCUGCAGGGUCUCCCAGACAUAGUUGUCGUCCAGGCUCCUCUAAUUCAAGGGGAAGCCUUGAAUUAGAAUAGACUGGCGCUGUAUCUUCGUUAUGCCGGGCUGGUGUGAUGACCUCGUUUCCCCCGCUUCAGUCCCACAUUUGGGCGAUUCUUCGACACCGCUCUCCCCUGUCCAUCACCCAGACUGUUAAGCUCUGUGAAUUUGAAUGCCAUGAACCCUCGCAGAUAUUUCCAUCCACGGCAAAGCCGAGCCCCUCCCUCUUUCCCUCCCUCCUCCAGAGACUGAGAGGAAAAUGACAUGGCCACCUCUCCAUGCACACCCACAGGACGAGCCAGCGUGCUUGUCAGCAUCCUCACCUGACUGUGCAGGACAGACGCAGUAACGUUGUGGGCUCUUGAUUCAGGUUCUGUCUUUGGAACCUGAUUUUCCGACACGAUAACACAGCGGUUUGUAUAUCAGACAUCUUUAUCUUCAACCUGAUGCACCCAAAGCCGUGACAACGCAGCCAGCAAUGGUUUGUUUUACUUGGAAGAGCAAUUAUCACAGCUACAAUGUAAUUUGUUGUGUAAAUUUGAUCUGAAUAUGAUUUAACCUGUUGGCUUUAAUCUAAUCUACUACACAUCCCCAAAAAAACAUGACAUUUCUGCUGAUGUGAUUGUCCUCUGAGGGAGAGGGGUCACACUAGAAUAAUGCCACUGUUAUUUUUCACAAAGUAUCGAUACAUCAUCACCAAUCACAUCAGCUGUUAUACUUCUUUGAUAUUAAGUGAGGUUUGGUUUGUAGUAAUUGGGGUUACAGAACUAAUGUGAAAGCCAGAUGCAAUUUCCUCCCGAGAGAUCCACAUCUCCACAUGCCCCCUCUCUCCUCCCAAGUUCUUUUUGGAAAUUAAAAAAUGGCUGACAUUUCUCCCUGCAGGGGGCUUGAAUCCUCGCUCCCUGUUGGUAUUGGUGCCAUACACUGUCGAUCCAGGAACCACAGGCCUCCAUUAGGAAGACAUCUGUCACUGGAUUUAGCGGGCAGUUGUUACAGCUAUGACACGUGAAAAACACGAGAUACUCAUGGCAUAUUUGUAAUUCGUCCAAUUAUCUUGCAAUGUCUGCAGAAAUGAAGCGUAUCUGACAGCAAGCAAACGUCCCAUGAUCUGACUCAUCAUGAGAUACAGGAGGACGACACAACUCCUCAUACAUGGAAAACAGUGUCUUCUACUUGAUUUCACAGAAACACAAUCACAGUUAAAUAUGUCAAAAUAAAAAGACAUUUUUGAUACGCUCCCACUGGUUUUGUAAGUAAUGUAAUGCAAUGUUAUACAAUUAUAUUAGUAAAUUUAAAAAAUGAGUGAGAGAGAUAUUAGGGUAACCAGAGUAAUAAAAUGAAAAAGUGUAAUUUUCUGAGGAUUGGGUUAUUUGUAUUGUUUUGUCCUUAUUUUUAUUGACUGUAAUCUCUAGUAAUUCAGUGUACUCCACCAGAUAUAGUCUACAUCCAAUACAUUAUCAGUUUUAUGUGUUUUUAUCCAUCCAUCUAUUAUCUAUACCGUUUCAUCCUUCAAGGGACUGUCAAACCUGGACAUAAGUGUCUUUCAUCAUAUCUAUGAGACGACAAAGAUAAUUUAUUUCAAUUCUGUUUUGAAUUCCGUGAACAUCUCUUGCAUUUCUUCAAGGGCAUAUUUAAGUAGCAUUUUUGAAAACAUUUUAAACAAACAAUAAGGAUUAACCCAAGAUAACAGCAGGCAGUAGCUACAGUAAUUAAUCCCUCAUUUAUCAAAAAGACUUUAAGUUAAUUCCAUACUCUUUUGAGCCUAUCAGUUCAUCCACACCUAAAAAUGGACACCUCUACUUCGCUUUAAAUACUGCAGAAACUUUUCAGUGAAUUAGGUCGUGACACGCCAGAAGCCUCUGGUGUGAGUUAGUAACACACAAGAAGAAAAACGCACAUGGUCAAGCAGCAGGCAGAGGCUGCUGUACAAUAUGGUGCGUCUUCAAAACAGACGGAAAAGCUAAAUCUUGUCGGUGACCACCUGUGGCUUUCAUUUUAUAAGUUGUAUGAGAAAAAUAUGCAACAAAGUCCCAAGUCGUGCAUCAAGGAAAUUCAUUUAUAAUCAAUGAUUUAGUGCUUUCUUUGAUUAUUGCAAGUAAAGUGCAAUUAAACUUAUUGUUGACGAA